AUGGCGGCAGUCACAAUCUUGGCUGCUUCUGCGGCACUGGCACUCAUGGCAAAUGAUGAUUUUCCAAAGAAGGUGCCGAUUUCAUGGAGAAAGUUCUAUAGCUCACAAGCACUUGGUGGGCACCAGAAUGCCCACAAGAGGGAGAGAGGAACAAUCGAAAGGUACCAGUGGGAGAGGCAUAUGGCAAUGAUCGGUGUGCUUGCUGGUAAAACAAUAUUCCAGUCACUUGGCGGUCAGCCCCAUUCACUUGUCCACGAAACAAAUAGGGAAUGGGGUCCUUGGAUAGCAAGAUUCAACAACGAUGACAAGGGAUUUGGGGUGACCCAGAAAGCAAUUGCGCCUGUGGAAGCAACGAGAGGAGAACGGCCAGGUAGUUUUCACAUGGUAUAA